AUGAGGGAUCACCCACGCAGCCCCCGCCAGGGAUCCCCCGCCCCUCAGUUCCCCCCGCGCAGCCUCUCCGACGAGCUGGGCGAUUUCAUGUCCUCGACGGACGACGAUGAGGAGAGGGACUACGACGACAGCGAGGAGGAAGAGGACGACGACCAGAGGACCCUGGCGACGCCCAUGUCGUCGCGCAAGUCGUCGCAGGACAGCUUCUUCGACGAAGACGACGAGGUGCCCGAGGAGUUUCCGCCGCUGCUGAAGCCCUUUCCCGCUAGCACGAGCACGCGCAAGUUUGCUAGGAUUGACUAUGCGCGCGGGGCGGGGCAUCAUGCGUACGCCAGCGACGACGAGGCGGAGUGCACCAGCAGCAGCCGGCCCGGGACGGCGCGGUCGGUGGUGGUGCCGCCGCCGUUCCGGCGCAGCUCGACGUGUCCGGUGCUGACGCCCGAUUUCCUGCAGGGCGCGGCGGACGACGUGGUCAAGCUGAUGCCGGAGCAGGCGGACUUCAUGAAGAAGAUGGUGGAGGGGUGGCGGGAGAUCCAGCGGCGGUCGAGCGUGAGCGUGCUGAACGCGGCGCCGAGCCCGCUGUCGGUGGUGUCGCCUGGGAUGAAGAGGCCGAAUACGGCGCCGAGCCCGUUCCACCCGCCGCCGCAGAUGAACUUUUCGUCGUCGUUUCCGAGGGUGCCGGAGAGGUUGGACGAGGAGCUGGGGAGGUUGGAUGAGGAACCUGGGAGCGCGACGGAGAGCGAGACCGAGGGGGGGUUGGAGGAGAGGAUGGAGAGGGUUGAGGGGGCGAUUGAUGAGUUGAGGGUGAUGGCGAAGGAGAGCGCUGAGAAGGCGAUUGUUGGCGGGGAGGGCAACACUGAGAGAUUCAGGGUUGUGGAGAGGUGUAUUGAUACCAUUGGGAGGGUUUAUGAGAAGAAGGAGAGGGGGAGGAGGAGGAGGAAACUGGGGGCGAAGUGUGUUGGCGCGCUUGUGAGGAUCUGUGAGAUGUUUGCGAGUGAGGGAGCCGACGGGGGCUCGUACCGAUUUGAGUCCAGACUCUUGGAUGAGAUUACUGAAGAUACGGAAAGCGACGUGGAGGAUUAUGCGGACGACGAAGCUGAGGAUGACUUUAUUGAGAGGUUUCCGGAUUUCAUCGACGGAAGCUUCUUUGGGGAUGGCCCAACUGUUGUUGGUGACAUGACGCUCCCACCACCAAGCCCAACGAAAGACCCCCUGGAUGACCGACGGCAUGCUGCACUAGUCGAGCAAGCUAGGAACGAGCUCGAGACUCUGUUUGCUGAGGCGGCAGAGGCGGAGACACCGUUUGAGGAGAGGCAUUCGAGGGUGGUGUACGCCGUGGAAGCAUACCUGGCCAAGCUAUCCGAGAUGGAGGCGGCGCAUGACCGGGAUUUCAAAUGGCAUGCAGAGCUCAAGGCCUUCCACGUUGCGAUGGGGUCGAGGAAUAUUAUCGGGUCAGAACCGGGGACGGCCAUGGCACUCGUCGCAAGUCUGAGUCUGUGUUUUAUACCGAUUGCGACGGUGCUGUGGUACGUCACGGAACCGACGACCUCGUGGAUGCUGUGGAGGAUGUUGAUACCCAUCGGCUGUUACUUCUUGCUCCUUGCCGGGUUCUAUAUCGACCAGAAAGAGGCCAGGGAAGCACUUUACGAAGAACACUUGCCAUUUGAGGCGAGGGAAAUGAGGAGACGGCAUAAACGCGAGAAGGAACUGUUGCAUGCUGCACAUGAAAGAGCUGUGCAACGAGUUUAUUCCCCUGAAGGGUGA